GCAUUUCUACAAGGCGGAGAGGUUGCGGUUCGUUGCGGCUGCGGGCGUUAGCGGUGGAUGGAGUGGUGUGGAUUUGGCUUUAUGCUGCGCCUAGGUGUUUUGUCUGGCAAAAACAUAAGUUUGCAGUGGAACCGGCCGUAGACUUGAAGAAUUCGCACCCUCGGAGACAUAUCGCUUCACAAAAUUUGCGCCCUCUGUGUCUAGAGUGCCUGAAAGCGUCGCAAGUGGUGAGACAACGGACAAUGAUGAAUACUCACGCCUAGCAGACUGUGUUUUUCUUUCGUCUAUACUCCUCUCUGUGCGCACGCUUGGCGCACAUUGAGCUCUUUCACCGCGUCUAGUGGGUAGUCUGCUCUUGUAUUGCCUUGCAGGCGAUGGAACCAGCCGUCGUUAUGAACACGAAUAUGAGAGAUAUUUGCCGCCUAUGUCUCUCGGAGGAGGGGGUUGGGGUGCCCAUAUUUGGCGGGGAAGAUGAUUCAACAGAGGGAGGUACAUCUCUGUCGACUAGGAUUAUGACGUGCGCCUCUCUUGAGGUUCAUGCAGGAGAUGGUCUGCCUCCUCUUAUUUGCCUUCGUUGCCAAUAUCAAGUGGACCAGGCAUAUAAGUUUAGAGUUCAGUGUCAGCGCUCUGAUGCCACUUUGCGCAGGCAUUUUAACUUGAAGCCAUCAGAUCAUCAACAUUCUGAGUCACUGCUAGAGCAGCAGCAGCAGCUUGAUCAACAAAUCCAGCCCCCUCUUAUAUCUCAUUCUCAGCGACUGCGUGGAAAGCGGACUGCUUCAGUCCGUGCGAAUCCCCCAGCAGAAGUGGAAAUGUUAAAUGUCGAACCAGAACAUGGCAGCAGGCCUGCCCCUCGUGAAAUGGUUGCCGAGGAAACCAGUUCAUCUUCUCAUUUAUCUCCAGGAACAGAGCAUCCUGUUGUCCUCGUUGCUAAAGAGCAUCAUGUAGCGAACUUUUUGACCAAGCGGCCUAAUUGGCCUGAAUCUCAAGAACCCGAAGUUACACCCACAGCUGGAGCAGCUGUGGCAUAUCAACAAGUUAAUCUUAUGAAGCAGGAGGCCACUGAAGCAGAUGCAGACGAAGAUCGUGCAUCUAAAAACAAGCAGUUCAAUCCAAGUCAAGGAUCUAGUUCCAGAGAGGAACACCUUCUCAAUGAACUUAAUAGUCUUGGUGCCACUGCUUUGUCGAAACCACCCAACAACUGCUUAGCUUCUGCUAUGUAUAAUCUGAAAGCUCUAACAGGAGAGCAUCCGUUCUCCUGUGAUGUUUGUGGCCGCUCCUUUGUUCAAAAUCAUAGUCUUACCAGACACAUGCGCACUCACACAGGUGAGCGUCCUUAUCCAUGCUCUACUUGUGGAAAAGCUUUCAUUCAAAAUCAUAGUUUGACAAGGCAUAUGCGAACACACACUGGAGAGAGGCCCUUCUCAUGUACAACUUGUGGCCGUGGCUUCGCUGAGCACCACAAGCUGAAGAGCCAUGUAAAGGUCCACACUGGUGAGCGCCCAUACUCAUGUGAAACUUGUGGUAAAACGUUCAUAGAACGUCAUACUUUGCUUGAUCACAUGAAGCUUCAUACUGGAGAGCGCAAUUAUUCUUGUGCCAUUUGUGGCAAAUCGUUUAUGGAGCGCCACAAACUCAAGAGACAUCUGCGAUCUCACACAGGAGAGCGACCCUAUUCUUGCGGCACCUGUGGCAAGUCUUUCGUUCAAAGUCAUAAUUUGACUCAGCACAUGCGAAUACAUACAGGUGAGCAACCAUACCCUUGUUCAACAUGUGGCAAAAUGUUUGGUGAACGCCACAAGUUAGAGAGGCAUCUUCGAUCUCAUGCUAAGAAUGGUCCUUAUGCUUGCCCUCAAUGUGGUAAACGCUUUGUUCAGAGUCAUCGUCUCGCAAGACACGUGAGACUACAUACUACUGAAGCUCAGGGUAACCAUAACCAGCAACCAGGACCUCCAAUUGUUCAACCAUCACAGCUGCCAACAUCUACGAAUUCACAGCAACCAGCCCAAGAUGAUGCGAUUCGCACCCACCUGCAGCAUCCUCCUGAAGGGCACUCCCCUCCGCCCCAGCAACCAGUACCUAUUCAAGCAUUGUUACACCAUCCCCUUGUUUUACCCAUUCCUCUUCCAGUUCGUUCACAUUUUAUGAAAGACAUGACAUGACCCGAAGUAAGUCAUGAUGCAUUUUUAUAUACAUAGUUGUAUAUUAUUUAUAUCUUGUAGAGUUUUCAUAUGUUUUUUUUUUUUCUGAACACACUAUAUUUGUUAUCGGCCCUUAUUAUAUUUGCACUAGAUUUAUGACUCUAAAACCAGCACACUGCCUUCAGAAAGGAAGAAUUGUGGAAGGCAACAAAUAAAAGCAAAAAGUCCCAUGUAGAACAAUUCCGACCUUUAUUUUUCUGUUUCUGUUGGUAUGACUGUUCAUUUGUGGUUUGUGAUGUAGCUAAUUAAGUUUCAUUCAUGAAGGGAACUUAUGUUACAUUCCUUCUACUGUUUUCUCUUUAUUUUUUUCUCUCUCUCUCUCUCUCUCUCUUUUUUCUGAUUGUCUAAAAGAACUUCUGAUAGCCGCCAGGUGUAUUUAGUCUACUUCCAGGAAACAGUCUUAAUUUUUUGCACCUUAACAUGGGUUGUAAAUUUGAGACAUGCCACAGAUGCCAUUUUGCCCUUUAAAUCUAGUCUUGAAACAAAACCCUGCAGUUCGAUCCAUAUUUUUGUUUGUAUCUUUAUGCACGUUUUUGUUUUGCUUUUGCACAUCCGUCCAAUGAUAAUUCCCUUAGGGUGAUCAUCUCCCUACGGUAGCACCCUCAUCCUAUCAUUGUUGUAAGGUUUGAUUCUUAUGGUAUGAGAAUGAAGACUUGGUGGUUUCAAUGUUUUGACCUGGAGUUCUUCUCCAUGCACUGAAGUGCUGUUGUAGGAAUUAAGAUACUAUUAUGUUAUUUUUUUUUUCUUUAAUGUACAGUGUACUGUUUCACAUUUUGUAUAUUGGCAAGUUUCUGAGAGAAAAGUAGUUUAUUAUAAUCUUAUCAUAAUUCAAAGUACAAAAGAGAUUGAUCUAUGAUUUUAUGGAGAUGGUGCCUUACACAGUAUUUGUGUGAAUAAGAUUGUUUCCAGAGAAGCUUUACUUCACUAACAUUUGACAAAAAAAUUUCGGGUUUGUUUGAUACAUUUGUACUAAAAAUCUUUUUCGCAAAUUUUUCUUUAUCUCUCCCUCUCUCUUUCUUGAGAAACUAAUACACUGUGAAGACAAAUUUCAGGGUUGACUUAGAAUUAAGUGCAAUAAUUUCUAAUCUGUUUAGUUGUAUGCAUAAAUUUAAUAUGGUUAACUAGAAAGUAUCUAAUUCUAAAGCCUUUUUUUAAUUUUAUGAGGAACAUCCUAGAACCAAUUAGUGGGAUGCAUUCUGCCUCAUUCAAUCCAAAGAGCUGCAAAUCAUAGUUAGGCGCUGCAAAAGUUUUAGACUGUUUGAUACUUUUUUGAAAAAUUUGUUUUCUUAAUUCUUGUGCUGUCUGUUAUCAUGUGGUUUUUGCGUUCUUGUUUUAAACCUCCCAAUGAUUCUCGAAACUGAAUCAUGGUCUUUUUUGGUAUGCACAUAUAUUUAUAAAAAUACAUACAGGUGUAUGUAUAUAUAAAAAUAUAUAUACAUAUAUUGAUAUUUAUAUGGAGUUGUUUUCUUUGUUUUCUUGGGCUUCAUCAGAUGCCUCAAGAAAAAGAAAAUGAGCUGUGAUGGAGUCAUUUCACUAGUUCCAUUAUUAGGCAUUAAUUGCCUUCCAUAUUGUAAUCAGUUGAAUAAGCCUCUAUUCUCACGUUCUUGCUUGCUUUGCCUAGAUUGAAAGUCAUAUUAACACUAUUGGUUAUGUAUACCUCUUCAUCUGCCCUGUGGUUCAGUCAAAAGCUGGGUGUAUGAAACUUGGUUGUUUUAUUUAGGAUCUGUGGAGACAGCAUUUUCUUUUUAACUUAAUUUCUAAGCAAAGGGCAUGCUACAACAGCAAUCAUGAAAUUUCAAAUUUUUUGUCAAAUUGUAAGCCAAUGAUUCAAGCUAGUGUUAAGAGAAAAAAAACAACCAUUCAUUAUUAUUUGUGAUUGGGUUUGUUUCUUUUUCAUCUGACAGUUGUUCAGCUAACAUUGAUGUUGUUUCCUAGUAUGUUGCGUUUUUUACAUGGAUUGCAUCUAAUUUAGUGCAAAAUCAAUGAUUCACAUUGCUUUGUGCUUUACUGCAUCUUGGUAGCAGGAUUUGUUUUGCCAACAACAAAUACAUCAGUUCUCUUGAAGGGCUGAGCUUUUUAUUUGUUCUGCAUUAGCUUUUGUAAUCCACUUAAAAUGAAUCAUAUGACUGAACAGUUGAUUCCAAUUCCUACAUACUUCAAUGGUGAAAGUAACAGUUGUGUGGUUUAUCUUUUUCUGAUCAUCUGCAUAAGUGUAAAUCUGGCUUUCAAUUACGCUUCCUCUCUGGGGCUCCUGUAGUUAACUGUUUAGGGGUUUGUUGUAAAUGUCUCUGCAAUUCCAGAAUUUUGUAUUUUGUCCGCAAAAGUUUUUGUGUUGAGGUAUAUUUGGUAUGCAUUUGAAGGUGUGUAUCCUAAGUAUAUCAAUCUAAUACAAAGAUUACAGACUGCUAA